AUGCACAACUACCACCUGCCCGCUGUCGCAGCAUCAUAUCCUCCCACCCGCGAAGAUGAUCCCUUAGUGGGCGAACCGGUCUUUGAUCAUGACGAUGAAUUAGCCAAUGCUGAGGAAGGAGAACUGAUACCAUAUGCGCAUCGGGAUAUCAAGCCAGCUCCCGUCCUGAUGGAUUUUGGUUCUACGAUCAAAGCUCGUAUCAACGUGGAAACAAGGCAGCAGGCUCUGCUGGAACAGUCGCUCGGCUGUACUCUCUUCGCUGUUGCGUAUGGCCAUUCACCUUUCGAGGUAGACGGCACAUCCAUCGCAAUGGCUGUUGGCAGUGGACGUUACAAGCACCCAGGAGGAUAUUCUCAGUCACUAGUGUCUCUCAUCGACGCUAUGCUUAUCGUGGAUCCAGAACAAAGACCAGAUAUCCAGAAGGUGAUCGACCUGACGGAACAGGCCAUGAGAUCAGUCUAA